AAACGCGUCAGUCGUUGACAGGUAAUCGAUAAUAGGUAAGAUCGUACCAGCCGGUACAGGCUCGAGUGAUUUCUUACACGUUGUGACACGUGGGGCGUGACUUAAACAAUAAGUUAGUCUCGUUAAUUAUAGUACGUACCGGAAACAGCCAUUAGUCAAAGGGUAUAUAAAAAGAUAAGUUCAUUUAGUUUUCAUAACGUUAAAUACUUAAUCACCAAAGAUGCCGAUUGGAAAAUUUCGAGUACCAUCUAAUAUUAAAGCAAUAAAAAAUGGGGAAUUUAUUGAAACAAUUUCGACGCCAAAAAUUGUUUUAAUGAAGAUAUGCGACGGAAUGUUCAGCGCCGUCAACGACAAUGGAGUUGACAUCAGAAAUUACCAAAUAUGGCCAAUCACGGGGAUCACAAACGUAUGUAAUGCCUACGGAACGUGCGCUGGUGUAUUUCUAACCCAUAAUCAAAUGGCGCGACUUAUCGACAAUUUACCACACGUCACUGAAAAAUUCAUGGAAAUUGAAUCCAAGAAAAAGGUUGAUGUCAAAGAGUGGGACGUUGUAUUGGGUGCUCAGUUCCGACUCAGCGUUCAUCCUAAAUUUAGAAGAGUUAAUAUUAGGGGUUAUCAUCUCAAUACAUACUCCGAUGAUCCACGGAAACAUUUGCCCGAUAGAAACGGUAUCGUUAUGACACGUGCGGUGUUUGAGCUAUUUGUGGACAGCCUUAUUAAAUACGGGCUUGUUCAACCAACCGAACCUCAUUGUGUAAUAACGGGUCACGCAGAAAAAAGUGAAGCUGAUAGUUGUAGUGAAUGCAGUUAUUUCGACCCCGUGGAUUUCAGUAACUAGAGUUAAAUACAGUGUAGCACACAGUAGAAAUAAAGACAUAUAUACGAAGAUGUAAUGCGUUAUGGCUACGAGUGAUUACGAGAUCCAAAUUACCGAGGGUUAAGGAUGAAAGACAAAGGGAACCUAUGAUUGUUGUAUGAAAUACAUAGGAUGUAUACAAAAACAAAUAAUAUCAGAACAUUUUAUGUUGUAUUAUUUACAUGGAUUCUAUUGACAUAAUAAAUGUAUACAUUGAAAAUCAAUCUUAAGUUGCUGCCAUGUCAUACAAACUAGAAAUAAGAUUAAACAAAACAUUUGGUAUAAUUGUAACAUAUCAAUUUGAAGUAUUCCAAC